AUGGCCUCCACCCCGCCCAAGUCCAACCAAAAAGCAGCUGCUGUGCUACAACCAGUGCAUGAGAUGGAGGGCAGCAACGUCUACACCAAGAGACAGGCGCCCUCACAACCCCAGACGUCAUUUUCUGGACAACCCCAGCUGCCCUUAUCUCUCCAGGUCUCCUCAUCCGCUGCAACGCUCCAGUCACGCACCACACAUCUGCCCGCUCACGUAAACUCGCUGCCUCACUCUGCUGAACCAGAUUCAGACUGGGUCCCCUGUCUUAUUAGCUAUUCUGUUGCUUACCCACCACCGCCUCACGACAGCCACACAUCACCACAAGUGCGCACUCGCCGACGUUCACCGCUGGAAGAGAUUUCAACUGAAAUUUGUGCAAAACUGGUCAGUUCAGCAGAAACCGCUGCUGCUCCACAGUCGGUCGACCCUUCACCCACCAAGGCAAGUUCCGCGACCAGGCACGCAGUCAUCGCAUUCUCGCACCGCCAUUUCGAGCCACAGGCCGCCUGCACGACAGCAAUUAAGGAAGACGCCAUCGCUGCAGCGCGCUUCUCACGACAUCCAGCUCGCCCCUGCAUUCGGCCUGCACUCGGCUAG